GGUUUUGGUCUCAAACCCAGAAAAAGCACCAUCCAUGGCGACAGAAAGAAACCCGAUACUUCAUAAAACCAAUUCGGCCGAAUGUUCAAAGCCAUUGCCAAAUCUCCCUCAUGAAAUCAUUGUCGAAAUACUCUUGAGACUUCCCGUCAAGUCUCUGCUUCGAUUCAGGUGCGCUUGCAAAUCAUGGCGUUUUUUGAUUUCGGAUCCGAAACUCGUGAAAACACAUCUCUGUUCAGCAUCUUCGAGCACUGGUUACACCCACUAUAGACUCCUCAUAAGGAAUAAUAGUAAUCACCAUGGCGAUUUGAAGUCAUGUUCUAUCUCUUCGAUCAUGCGGCAUGACCAAUCUGAUACUGCUGUCGGCAUUGAUCACCCUUUCGUAGAAUCUUCCAAUGGAUUUUGGAUUGAGGGUUCCUGCGAUGGGUUGGUGUGCAUCCGUACCGAUAAGAAAAAAACCAUAUUCCUGUGGAACCCGUCUACGAAGAAGUAUAGGAAGCUGCCAAGUAUUACGAUACCGUAUGACUGGUCCCCGGCAUGUGGGUUAGGUUAUGACAAGUCUACCGAUGAUUACAAGGUUGUGUUAGUUUUUAAUGGUGGAUCUAAUACAGACUAUCGUCGAAAUAAAGUGGCGGUAUAUGAGUUGAGGGCUGAUUCUUGAAGGAGGAUAGCAGACUGUCCUCAUUCUAUUUCUACGGCUGGUAAAGGGAAAUUUGUGAGUGGGGCCCUCCAUUGGACUGUGAGAGACAGGUCCAGUGAGUUAAUCAUCUUUCUUGAUUUGGCUAAAGAGACAUAUGGGGAGGUUUCACAGCCUGCUUAUAGUAGAGAUGGUGGUUUUGUUUCGACAAUGAAUGUUUUAAGUGGAUGCCUCUGUAUGCUCUACAGGUAUCAUGGAGCACAUGUUGAUCUAUGGGUGAUGAAGGAAUAUGGAAUAAGAGAGUUUUGGACCAAGUUGGUUAUGAUUCAUGAUGUUACACAUCCAUUAUAUGGUGAGUAUUUCACACCAAAGUGCAUUUUGAACAAUGGUGACGUUUUAAUGGUUGUUGGGUUGUGUUUAGUUCGAUACAAUCCCAAUGAUGGAACGUUUAGUUAUCCAAAGAUUCGUGGGUUUUUCCCAAAUUGUA